AUGAGCCGCGUUGGGAUACAAAGGGGACUUUUUCGUAACGUUCUGCACCUUCACACCACUGGUGAUAGAUAUGGCGGGAAAUGGAUCUGGAACCAGCGACUGACGGCGGAGCAGUUGCCGGAAGAUCUCCAGUGGCAACAAGGGGGUCAGCCAGAGAAACAGCUGUGUCCGGCUAAAGUUGCUGAGCUGAAGCCUCUCUCAGAGAUGCCGGGCCCUAAGGGAUUGCCUGUUAUAGGCACGAUGAUGGAUAUGGUGCGGUACUUCGGUCAGUGGCACCUCCUGAACCAACAACGGUUUGACACGUACGGAUCCGUGUGGGUUGAACGUAUCCCUCAGUUCGGAGAGACGGUCAUGGUGGCUGACCCGGCGGUAGUGAGGGAGCUGUUGGCAGGGGACACCACCGUCCCCGCCCGGCCGCCCAUCAAACUUCAGGUGGACUAUUUCCAGUCCCGAGGACACCCGAACAGCUUGCUCAACGCAAAACCGCAGGAUUGGGUGAGGAUGCGCAAAGCCAUUGACAAACCGAUCAUGAGACCACAGGAAAUCAGCAAGCACGUGACGUCACUCUAUGAGGUAUCACGUGAUUUGGUCGAUCGGAUAGAGGCGUCGCUGGACACUCAAGGAUCUGUGGUCAGCUUGGAUGACUCACUCUGCAAAUGGGCUAUUGAAUCGACGUCGGCGGUUCUCUUCGGCGAAAGAAUGGGCUGCUUCAUGGAACCGCCUCCUAAAAUGACGUCCGAGUUCAUCGAUUCGGUUCUGAAGAAUGGCGCCUCCUUCAUCCAGUCGUUGGCGUCACAGGGAACUCAGACAACACGCGAGAUUUAUUCUAACGUUAUGGAGCUCAUGAUGGCAUCCUUUGACACAACUUCCAACACAACCAAAGCCAUCUUAUUCGAGCUUGCUCGUCACCCGGACAUCCAAGAGAGGCUAUUCGAGGAAAUUUGCCGAGAGCUUCCCGAGAAAGGCUAUGACGUCACCUAUCAACAGUUGAAAAAGCUCAUCUACCUGAAGGGCGUACUGAAGGAGAGUCUAAGGUGA